AUGGACAAGUCUUCACGGGGAAAUCCCGGUCCUGCUGGAAUUGGUGGAGUUGGUAGAGAUAGCUUGGGUACUAUUCAGUUUCUUUUUAAUGUUUAUAAAGGUCAUCAUACUAAUAAUUUGGUGGAGGAUCUCACUAUUUUAUAUGCUAUGGAGCAUGCUUGUGCUCUUGGCUGGGGUAGGGUCAUUUGUGAAUCAGAUUCACAGGUGGUGGUGCACUUGUGGUCUCGACAAUAUUUAGAGAAUGUUAGUUGGUGUUUAUCUUUGGUUGUUAACCAAAUUCAUGAUUUGUGUGCUUCUUUGGAUUCGGUUUCUUUUAUUCAUAUUCCUCGAGAGUGGAAUGGAGUUGUGGAUUGUCUGGCCAAAUGGGCUUCUGAUCACAUGCAUAACUAG